AUGACUACAGCCCACAGACCCACCUUCGAUCCCGCACGAGGUAAAGAGGCCCUCCGCGGCCCUGCAUACCACCAGCGGCUCCUCCCUGCACACACGCACCUGAAGACUCGCCAAUCUGGUCAGGGCACCCAGGGCGAAUCGGCGCAUCGCGACUUGCGCGCGGAAUUGCUCCAGGCAGAGGCAAACCACUUCGCCAAGAAGCAAGGACUCCCCGUGGAUGAAGCACCAACCGAAAACGCCACACCGAAACGUCAACUCGAAGGCGGCCCUUCAGACGGCACCGACGGAGACAUAGAGGAGGAAGAUUCGGAAGCGAAACGGCGGCGGGUAUUGGAAGAGACGAGAGAUAUAGACGCAGAUUCAGAUGGCUCAGAGGAAGAGAGUAGCGAAGAAGAGAGUGAUGACGAAGACGAAGCUGCGGAACUGAUGCGAGAACUCGAGAAAAUCAAGAAAGAAAGGCUAGCGCAGAAGGAGAAGGAGGAAAGCGAGCGCGCAGCGGAAGAAGAGGAACAACGCGAAGUCGACAUUGCGCGAGGAAACCCCCUACUCAACCCAUCGGACUUUAACAUGAAACGCCGCUGGGACGAUGACGUUGUCUUCAAGAACCAAGCUCGAGGAUCAGAAGAUAAGAGAGGAAAGGAGUUCGUUAACGACCUGCUACGAUCUGACUUUCACAAGAAGUUCAUGUCAAAGUACGUGCGGUAA